AUGGUCAACGCUCUGGAAAUAAUGCAGUCAGAAUUCUGGGGAGGGAGCAACUGGCCUUUAGGGAUUGAUUGGACUGAAGCUGUGUUCAAUCAAAUUGAAUGGGCGGCUCUCGAUUCCAUUGCAAGAUACGGAGGAGCAAACACCACUGCCAUCGUCAACCAAUACUACUCACAACUUCUGAAUUUCUAUAAUGGAGAGAAUACGGCCGCCGUGAUGAAUGAAAAGUACGACGACAUGCAAUGGGUUGUUCUCGGAUGGCUAGAAGCAAUCAAAUUCUUGAACGUAUACGAAAACACUACUCCGAAUCAGAAGUACAUUGCCGAAUUUGCUCAUCGCGCCCGGCAGUUUUGGGAUGUAGCUUCUCAAGGUUGGAACACCACUCUCUGUGGUGGCGGGAUGGUUUGGACUUAUUCAUUAUUUCCCUACAAGAAUGCUAUCACCAAUGAGCUCUACGUAUCAUCCAGUAUUGGCAUGUACCUCUACUCGCCUCCGGAUAACAGCAGCUCCCCAGCCGUCCCGGCACACGAUCCAAAAUACCUCAACGCCGCAAUAGAUGCCUACAAAUGGCUCUCGACGAUUGGCUUUACCAAUUCCCAGGGACUGUAUGUGGAUGGUUUCCACAUCGCUGGAUAUCAGAACGCAUCGGACCCUGGAACCGGGAACUGUGACCAACGCGAUGAGUCUGUCUACACAUACAACCAGGGUGUUGUCCUCUCUGGCCUCCGAGGACUUUGGGAUGCCACGGGUCAAGAAUUCUACCUUGAUGACGGCCAUACCCUCGUACGCAACGUAAUUGCUGCCACUGGUUGGGUUUCCGGCACUCAGCGAAAUCCGGCCUGGUCAGGGCUCGGCAUCAAUGGGACCUUGCAGGAACUUUGUGAUGCGACCAACAGCUGCAGUCAAGAUGGUCAGACCUUCAAAGGCAUCUUCUUCUCCCAUUUCACAGCUUUCUGCAAGCCCCUUGUAGUUGGCCAGAAAGAGGGUGUCAUCUUCAAGGGAACGCAAGCCCUGGCUGAUGCCCACCAAGCAAAGUGCAUUAGCUAUAAAGAUUGGGUCCAGCAUAACGCUGAAGCUGCGUACGGAACCCGUAAUGCAGCAGGUGUGUAUGGAGGAAACUGGGACAUUCCUGCUGCAGAUGCAUCUUGCGCUUCUUCGCCCAAGCAACCCGCUGGCUCUUCGGAUUACAGGAAUAAAGGUAUUCCGGGAAAUUGGUCGUUUCCUGAUCUCGCUCCAGCUGCUGUUUCUGAUAUUGGGCUUAUUGGAACUGAAGCCACCUGUCCUCCGAAUACGACAGAUCCAAACAGUUUGGGUAGAGGCAGAACCCCGGAGACUCAGAGCGGGGGGUUGGCUUUGAUGAUGGCUUUGGUACAGGCGGAGUCAAGUGGAUGA